AUGUCGACCUUAGUAUCAACACCACCUGCACCUGCAACACCACCAUUGUUGGAGCUGUCCCCGAGUCAGAAAUCACUUGUAAAAGCAUGGUGGAGAAAAGUCAAUAGCAAUUUGUCUAGCGAAAAGGCCAAUCGACAUGAAAAACAAGGAGCAGUGUUCGGCAUUCCUUUGAUAGACUCACUAAAGUAUGCACAUUCAAGAAUAUCAUACUUUGAUGAAAGAACAAGCAGCCAUUGCAAUGCAAUCAUUCCAACCAUCAUUGCGAAAUGUGGGGCUUUUUUAAAAGAAAAAGCUAUUUACACAGAGGGUAUAUUUCGUUUGUCUGGAAAUGCAAAACGAAUAUCAAUGCUGCAAAUGAUCUUUGAUACACGGGCAGAUGAUUACGGGCUACAUUUGGAUUGGGAUGACUACACUGUUCAUGACGCAUCAAAUGUAAUGCGACGUUUCCUAAAUUACCUUCCAGAGCCAUUGAUCAACCUACAUUACCAAGCAUUAUUUAAGGCUGCCUUGGAUGCUGAAUUUCCUAGUUUGGAAUCAAAAAUCGAUGCGUUCCAGAACCUCAUUGAGAGACUACCAAUUGCACAUCAAUAUCUUUUGUUGUAUCUGUUGGAUCUGCUCUAUUUAUUCUCGCAAUGCGUAGAUUACACUCGAAUGGACUCGUCGUCGUUAGCAACAGCGUUUUCGCCGGUGAUUUUUCCGGAUCCCAGCCAUGCCACGAAUCCGGCAGGUUAUAAGGAAUCUCAAAGAGUGCUUGAAUUCCUCAUCUUGCAUCAGUAUAGGCUCUUUAUGCCAAAUAUAUCACAGAAUGAUAUUGAUCAAAUAUUAACCUAUCCAACAAAUUAUGAGAAAUCAACAACCUCGUCAUCAUCGCCAUUGAUAUCAUUGCCGUCAUUCAACAGACAGCGCAGACAUUCAGCCACGACAAACUCAUCAUUUGAAAGAUCCAAACCUCCAUAUUCAUUACCAUACACAUCCUCGUCAGCCUCUGAUCUAUUUUCGUUUAAUAAAAGUAGUUUGACUAACACCACCAUUGGUAGCACGAGCUCUGCCACAUUGCCAUCAUCGACAUCAUCAUCACCCUUGCCCACUACACUCAAAAGAUCCAAAACAGCUCCUAGCAGCAAAAGAAACAAUAAAUUUGGAGACGCUGACUCACCGCCAUCAUCCACAGCAUCUAAAUUCACCUUGGGCGAUGCUAAUAAUAGUUAUACAUCACUAAAUCAGAAUAAUCGCACUUUAGGUAGAUGGAAAUCAAUUAAACGUGUCGUUAAAGAGGAAGAUGAACAGCUUCCACCUUUAUCACCACCACUACCAACGACACCGUUAUCAAUCUAA